GUAGAGUGCGCGCGCAAUCCACGACGCGUUUUGGAAAAUAGCGUAAAAAUUAUAACAAAUUCAUUAUAAAGUUACAUCCACUGCUCUUGAAUUAAAAGUGUAUAUAGUAAAUAAAAAUUAAAACAUUUUUAAUUAUUGUGUAAAAACUCUUUGGAGUGCAUUUUUAGCUAUAAAAAAAAAAUCACAAAUUUGGCGGGAAUCAUGUUCCAAUUUUAAUUUUGUGAUUGGAAGUGUUGUGACUUGUGUUGUGAUCUCUAAAAUGAAACGAAAAUAAAACAAACUAAUUGCAGUGUUUAUAAAAAUGAUGCGAUUUAAGAAAUUAGUUUGGUUGUUUAUUUUAUUAUGGGUUAUUCAAGACUACGCUGUAAAGAGUGAUAUACUGUGGUAUAUAUUGACGUGUGUAGUAGUAUUUAGUGUAAUAUGGAACAUAGUCACAUAUGAUUAUGACUAUUGGGAAAACAGAGGUAUAUUUUCACCCCCGGCGUUACCCUUAGUUGGUCAUAUAGCAACAGUGGCGGCUUUAAAGGAGCAAGGUGGUGUGUGUUUUAAAAGGAUUUAUGAUGAACAUAAAGAGAAACGUUAUUUAGGUACACACCAAUUCUACCAGCGCACUCUGGUUGUCUGCGAUCCAGACAUCAUCAAACGCAUGUGUGUGAACGACUUCCAUCACUUCACGGAUCGCGGGUUUAACUUCAAUAAAGACACGGACCCUUUGGCUGAGUCAGUUCUGUUUCUGAAGGGAAACGAAUGGAGGAGGCUGCGAGCGAAGAUAUCUCCUAUAUUCUCGCCAAACAAACUCAGGGGAAUGUUCCCUCUCCUCGAAAACACAGCUAACGAAUUCUUGGUUCGCAUAAAGAAACUCGCCAAAUCGGGCUCUGAGGAUAAUAACAAUAACAUAACAGAUAGAGGAAUAAAAACUGAUUCUAAUAAUGAAGACGUUAAAGUUAAAAAUGGCGUGAUAGUUGAUUCGGAGAAACUAGUGGGUGGGUAUACAGCAGAUGCUAUAGUGCCGUGUGCUUUUGGACUUAAAAGCAAUGUCAUGGACAAUUCCCAGGAUCCCUUCGCUGUGGCGUUACAUGCGUUUUACGAAAUGAGCUGGUUCAAUAUAUUUGAGAAGACAAUGCGACAAUUCUGGCCGGCCUUUGUGUUGUUUUUCAAAAUCCGGAUAAUACCAAAGAAGACGCAUGACUUCUUCUACAAUAUCGUGGCCAAAGUGCUGAAGGAGAGAUCGAGAGGAGUGCAAGAGAAGAGAGGAGACUUUAUAGACAUGAUGAUGGCGCUUCAGAGGGAGGACUGCAAGAGCGACCUGGAGAACGACUAUAAGAUCACGGACAUGAUUAUAUCAGCUAACGCGUUUAUAAUAUUCUUGGGUGGAUUUGAGACGACUUCAUCCACGCUGGCCUUUCUCUUGCUGGAGCUGAGUGUACAUCCGGAUGUACAGAAGAAGCUGAGGGAUGAGAUCCAGCAGGUGUUGAAGGAUGGCUUCUCCUAUGAGAGUCUGCAGGAACUGACUUAUAUGGAGAUGGUGAUACAAGAAACACUUCGCCUAUACCCCCCGUUCCCCACGAUACAACGCAUGUGCACCCGGGACUACCCCAUCCCGGGGACCAGCGGGGUGGUGCAGCGCGGGACCAUCGUGCUGUUCCCCACCCUGGGGGUGCAGAGGGACGAACAGUAUUUCGAGAACGCGUCCCAAUUCGUCCCAGAGCGGUGGGCGGAGGGGCGCGCUCUGCCCCCGCCCGGCGUGUACAUGCCGUUCGGGGACGGGCCCCGCUAUUGUAUAGGAAAACGUUUCGCUAUCAUCCAAAUGAAGUGUUGUCUGGCUCGGCUUCUCCCACACGUGGUGAUAAAACCCGUGAAGGGCGCGGAGCCCCGUUUGGGGCCCUACGAAGCGGACCCUUUGUGCCCCAUGACCCUACACCCCGCCGACUCCAGAGUUAUUAUAAGUUUAUUAUAAUCGAAAUAAAAACAAUUUUUUGUGAUUUUUUUUUAUAAUGAAAAAAAAUGUCAAAAAACUUCGAUGUAAGAAAUGCAUUUUCUGAUAACAUACAAUCGAUUUGUGUUAAUUGUAUCUGUUUGUUGUUAUUUUAAAUAAUCUAGUUACCAAAUAAAUAAAUUAC